AUGGCCCUUCCUAUGCCCGGCUCUCCAGCUGCUUCGUGGGCCGUCUAUCGUGCCCGGCUGAAGGCUGUCUUUGACGGCGCCGAUCCUAGGGUUUGUGCUGCUUUCUGGUUGUUUGGGCUCAUCAACAACGUCCUCUACGUCAUCAUCCUCUCAGCCGCCCUCGACCUCGUCGGCCCCAACGUGCCCAAAGGCGUCGUCCUGCUCUGCGAUGUGAUACCCUCCUUUCUGACGAAGCUCUGCGCGCCCUACUUCAUACACAAGAUAGCUUACAACGUGCGAAUAUGCAUCUUCGUGGCUUUGUCGGCAAGCGGCAUGCUCAUCAUCGCCCUCACACCAGCACUGCAGGACUCGAGAACCAUUGCGAUCAAGAUGUGCGGUGUUAUGCUGGCCAGCUUAAGCAGUGGAGCCGGUGAGCUCAGCUUCCUGGGUCUGACACACUACUACGGCCACUUUGCUCUUGCGGCUUGGGGCUCUGGCACGGGCGGGGCGGGACUGGUGGGCGCGGGAGCCUACGCCCUGGCGACCAACACACUGCAUAUCAGCCCUCGCACGAGCUUGCUGGUCUUCUCUUUCCUGCCUUUGAUCAUGUUGGCCAGCUUCUACUGGCUGCUUCCUCUCGGCCCACUGAAGACGGGAACGAGCAAGAGUCACGCAUAUGAGCCUAUAACCAGCGACGAUCAGCAAGACGAGGACGAGGCGCUGGCAAAUGGAAGGGAGCACGACGGACUACUAUCGUCUUCAGCGCAUUCAGCAUCCGAGCGAAGCUUCGCGUCUGCUAAGAACAGUGGCGUCACGGGCGCCCUCGGCAGCUUCCAGGUGAACUUGAGCCGCGCUCGCGCGCUGUUCUUUCCCUACAUGCUUCCCCUACUCCUCGUCUAUGUCGCCGAGUACACUAUCAACCAGGGCGUGGCUCCGACCCUCCUCUUUCCACUCCGCAACUCUCCUUUCUCCGAGUACCGCUCUUUCUACAGCACCUACGCUGUCAUCUACCAAGUCGGCGUCUUUAUAUCGCGGUCGUCGACGCCCUUCAUACGCAUCCACCAUCUGUACCUGCCCUCGUUUCUCCAGAUGGCCAAUCUGGCUCUGCUCACUCUACACGCCAUGUUUGAUUUCAUUCCCAGCUACUACAUCGUGUGCGUUGUAAUAUUCUGGGAGGGCCUGCUCGGCGGACUCGUGUAUGUGAGCACGUUUGCCGAAAUCACAGAUAACGUGAAUAAGGAAGACCGCGAGUUCAGCUUGGGAGCGACGAGCGUGAGUGAUUCCGCGGGCAUCUGCGUAGCUGGCUUCUUGAGCAUGGCCGUCGAGGUUGGGUUGUGUAGAUGGCAGGUCGAUCAUGGACGAAGCUACUGCAGACUGACAUAG